GGAUUUACCAUCGGUGGUUGGUAUGCGCUGAAGGCGGUUAUCGAAGGCAUGAGUCACGGCAACUUCACUGGACCCGUGAUCCUCGUUUCUGGAAACGGAGGCGAAGUGGGCAUUGCGCUUGUGGACGGCGGCCAUGCAAUCGUUGGCUGGGUGGGCGGUCUAGCGUGCCAAGGAUCGACAGGUGACUGGACAAGGAUGGAGCGGCAAAACCAGUGGUUCCAUGUGGCCGUGUCCUGGUACCCGAAUGACGAGAUCGGCUUGUUCUUGAACAGCGUUCGGAUCUCUAGUUGUGGAGAGUUGGAAAAGUAUGAAACUGUGAACUCGACCAUAGCUGAAGCACGAAACAUUUUCACAGAGACCGCAACCAACUCCGCCUAUCUCAUCGCCAAGUCUCCUCCACUCGUGGAAGUCGGUUAUCGACUCGCCGUGGCAAUUGUCAAUGUCUUCGACAACUUUAUAAACCCCUGUCAGACGCCGGAAAGUUUCAUGGGUUUGACACACGCGCAGAUGAACCACUUCGCGGAGUCGUCCUUCUAUUGGCCGAUGUCUGGUCUACUCACAAACCUAGCCCCCGAGAGACUAAAGACUUCGUCUGUUGUAAAAGCCAGAGACAGGCAACAUGUCGAAGGAGCCGCACUUUGCACUGAUGGCACGUCCAAAUCCUACAUGAUUCUCUCUGGGGACGGUGAAGCAAUGUCCAACCUUCUCAACUCCUGCCUCUACAGCAGUACGAAGUGCGAGAAACUGAUGUUCAUGAUUGAUUUCCGAUUCAAUGCUCAGCUACCCAGGGAGGAUAAAGAGUUUGCUCUGGUCAGGGCGCAGGCAUCAGACGAUUCCGUCGGCAUCCUGAUAACUGUCCAUCCGCUCAAUGAACUUAUAACGGUUGUCUUUCGCACGCCCUACACAAAGUGCAUCAACUCGGGUAAUCUAAGUGCCCUAGAGCAGAAUAAUGAAGCCUGGAGCUACCUACAGGUCUACGUUACUUCUGGCGAAGCACCAAUGCUCUCGGUCAACGAGAAGAUCCUUGCUCCUAGAAGUCAGGGUACCUGUCACAUCGAGAACUCCUCAGCCCCCCUAUCGCGUCCAAAUAUUACAAUCGGACGCGAAGUGGCCAUAUGCGUUUCUGAUGUGAGCAUAGUGGAGAACCUCAACACGGUAAAUCCGAUGGCGGAGGUGUGCUAUUUGGAGACUGACACGUUGUUACAGCUACGUGGCGAACAAGCCAAUCAUCGUGGUGUCCCCGAUUCCGCCUUCGACCUCAGCUCCUUUACAAAUCGAGUGUCUAGCAAACAAAUCGCGACCUGCUUUGGCAACUCAAUGACCAAGUGCCCUGAGUUCACAUUAUCCUUCUGGUUAAAGCUUAAUGGAGGUGGCACCGUUGCUCCCUCAAAUACGGACCAUAUGGUGGUCUCUUCAGGUCCUGGAACCUACCAAGGCUUCUCCGUGUCUGUGCAGAUUGUGGCCAGAUCCGCCACGUUCAACCUCAUUGUUGUUCUAAUUAUGCCCGAUUCUAUUUAUCGGGUGUUUGUCGCAGAAUUCGGCGUAAUCGGAACUUGGUACAAUAUUGGAUUAGUGGUGGGUGGAACAGGCACGCCGGCGGGAACAUCGGUCGAGGUAUACAGAAACGGUCACGCUUAUGUAAUGACGAGCUUGCCGGUCAUGCAGGAUCCCUUCAAGCAGUUCCCUGUCAACCCCAGUCCUGGUCUCUACUUCGGCUCCGCCAUCACUAAAAUGACCAACAUGUCGUCUGUAGCCAUCGCUCCGGGCGUCGUCAGCAUGUUUGGCAAGUUUGACAGACACCUUUUUUUCUCCAGGAGUUGGAGCCCUCAGUCCUCGCACAAAAUCCUUCUCGGCAAGUGUGUCCUCAACGAGACCCUCCCCACAACGGUGGCUUGCCAGGAGGCUCACUACUGUCGACUGUCGAGGGACGGGGUCUGUCUCGACGCUACCGUGGCGAACAUCUACACAAUGGCCAAAGGUGUCCAGCUAAUUUCCUCACCGGACGCACUCCUUUCACUUCUACAAAUCGUCGUUAACUUCCUUCAAAACACCUCAACGCACGACGAUGCGGAGACUCUGAGGAAACUUUUGUGGUCCAGCACAACCCUCCUAAGUCACUUGACAAUAGUCAAAGAUGAGCCAGAAUUCUCGAAAGCGUACCUGCGAAUGGAAGCAUUCGCGAUUGUAGGGUUCAUCUUGGAGUUUAUCGAGAGCAUUUUUGACAUACGGUUUGUUGAGGCUUGGUCGUUCGUGAAUGAAGUCGAUCCUCUAGAGCCGAACGGCGUUGGUACGAUGCUGACGGUUUUAUUGCCUGAACUCGUGACACCGAAUCAGCCGAUAAUCGAGGUACGUCGUGGUGGAAGCUUCAUCGGGAGCUACCUUCUCCCUGCCAACUCCACCCUCUGGAACCACACGUACCUAUUCAAUUCACAGCUCAAAAUCAUUAUUCCUUCCAUGACUGAGUCAUCACCUCCUGACUCUGAGGUGUGUGUUUUCACAAUUGCCACUCUUAGAGCAAGGUAUUUCGAUGUCGAGAUGGAAGCAAUGUCAUUGCCGAAGGUAGUCAAGUGGACUGGACCCUCGACAGACGUAUGGGCUCUAAUCAAUUCACCCCUGGUAGUAACAUCUCUAGAGGAGAAUGCAAGGGGUGUACUGCCAUACGAGACCAAAUACGAGUUCACUGUCGAGCUACUUCAACCAAACGAGUACGCAGACUCAGCGUUCGCGAGAAGAACUGACUCAAUGCAUUGGAAGGCGAUGGCCGUUGAGGCGAAGGGCCGCGGCGAGCUGGAGUACAGGGUGAAGUGUGUAUUGUGGGAAGACGCCAGGCCACCAAUAGCGGCUUCUGCGGGACAGUGGGCAACCGAGGAGUGCGAGGUAGUGCAGGCCAAUCUGACGCAUGUUGUUUGCAGCUGUGAGACGACUGGCACGUUUGCUGUUGCGAUGGACUACAUCGACGUCGUCGAGACGGCAAGGUCUUUCUGGAAGAUGGCCGGUGCCAACAGUUGGAAACUGUAUGACACGCUCAAAUUGGCCCUCAAUUUCUCCGGAAACUCACUGUCUUUAAUAUCACUCCUCGGCCUGACGGCGUGCCUCUGGUUCAAGGAAACCAUCGUGGACCUUCGUGAUCAAAGGACCAUCAAAUUUCACCUCAUCAUGAUGCUGGCAGGCUACCAGAUCUGCUUCCUGCUCUACCCGUUGGUGGAAAAAAAUGAAUUUGGCUGCCGGGCUACGGGGAUGCUAAUGCACUUUUUCGUGACCACCUUUCUUGCCUGGAACACCUUGAACAACUUCUACGUCUUCGGGGCUUUGAUUAACGGAAUCCUGAGGGCACGUCUUAAGCUCUUCGUCUGCUUUGUGUGGUUGGCCAACGGCGUGGUGGUGUUUGCGAUGGCUUGGGCAACGGAAAUGCGCGAUUACGGAAAGAGAAUCAUGUGUUUACCCGAUGGCGCCACCGGUCACGUGAUGCUUACUGGCGUCACCUUCUACCUCCUGAUCACGCUUAUUGCCUGUUUCGUUCUUCUCUGCAACACCGACACUCCCGCCUACCUCAAACCAGCGGUCAUAGAGGCACUACAGGGUGAACUAUAUGCAACGGUGAACAUUACGCAUUACUGCGUCCUGGUGUACAGUUUGGGCUUCGCCUUCACCCACCUCAACCCGCCAUACGUUGGUUUUAUCUUCUGGACAGCGAAUUCCUUGCUUGGUUGCUUAGUGACAUUGUGCUUCGGGCCGUUGGGUAAACGCAUUGCGGUGAAAAAACGAAGAUCAAGCGACAUCUUUGAGUCUGGAAAAGAUCUGGCGACUUCGGUGGAAGCUCAGAAGGACGCGGAAGGUCGACCGCCUUCUUCGGCCUCCUUCGACAACUUCGGUCUGGCUGAAGACGAGGAAGUCGUCAGCGUGGAAUUCGCGGAUAAAUCCGACUGA